GCAAGGCCAGGGAUCGAACCCGCAUCCUCAUGGGUACUAGUCAGGUUCGUUUGCACUGAGCCACAACGGAACUCCGACUGAGUUGAUUUAUCUUGACCUGAAAGGGCUGGGGAACCCUCGAGGACCCUGACAACACUAAUAAACUCAACCAUCUAACAUCUGCGGGGCCAGGGGAGGGGGGCGGGACGUAAAGAGCAAUGGUAUGUUGUUAGAACCAGGGAACAGACAAUGACGUGGCCACUUCUGAAAAGUAAAUUUGAAUAUAUCAGCAUGUGCAGCCAACUCAUUUGCUGACUUAAAAACAGCUUGACGAAUUUUUUUGCCUGUUCAACCUAUUAUUGCCUGUAAUGAAAGACUCCGCAUGCGCUAAUGACAACAUACACAGCCUUACAGUUGAUCACAGCUUCUAAAAAUCAUGAUACAGGGAUUUUGAGUUAUACUCAACACAUUUUUCCUUCGGAAACCUGAUUGGUUGCUCCAGAUGCCGUGAAUGGUAUAAAAUGAGCUCUUAGCUGGAAGAACUCUAAAGGAUCAAACAUCCCUGAGUUUCAGACAAACUUACUCUGAAUACGUGUAUUCAAAGGGCCAUCAAGAAAUGGGGACCUGGAUUUUGUUUGCUUGCCUCCUGGGAGCAGCCUUCUCUAUGCCUCUACCACCUCAUCCUGGGCACCCUGGUUAUAUCAACUUCAGCUAUGAGGUGCUUACCCCUCUGAAGUGGUACCAGAACAUGAUAAGACAUCCGUACACUUCCUAUGGUUACGAACCCAUGGGUGGAUGGCUGCACCACCAAAUCAUUCCCGUGGUGUCGCAGCAGACUCCCCAGAGUCAUGCCCUUCAGCCUCAUCACCACAUCCCCAUGGUGCCAGCUCAACAGCCCGGGAUCCCCCAGCAGCCAAUGAUGCCACUUCCUGGCCAACACUCCAUGACUCCAACCCAACACCACCAGCCAAACCUCCCUCUGCCCGCCCAGCAGCCCUUCCAGCCCCAGCCCGUCCAGCCCCAGCCUCACCAGCCCCUGCAGCCCCAGUCACCCAUGCACCCCAUCCAGCCCUUGCUGCCACAGCCACCUCUGCCUCCGAUGUUCUCCAUGCAGUCUCUGCUUCCUGACCUGCCUCUGGAAGCUUGGCCAGCAACAGACAAGACCAAGCGGGAGGAAGUGGUGAGUAUACCUUGAAGCCCCCCCAGCAUCUUUGAGAAACGGGAAAGCAAACUUGGCCCCCAGCCUUCUACAUUCUCACACAAUCCCAGGCUUAGCGUCUCAGCAGCUACAGUUCAAUGACUCUCUUAGUACAAGCGUGUGUUGUAAGUUUAUAUUAUCAAUGAGUUUAUCUACAUGGCUUAGUAACCCACACUGAUUCAUCUAUAAAUUGCUUUGAAUUCCCCCCACAAUAUAUAUUAUCGAAGCCUGGUAAUUUUAAGGACACUGAAAGGGAAUAUCCAUUCUCCUUGUCUUUCGAAGAUUUGACCAGUAGGAAUAGGCUAGAAGUGCAUUGAAGAUUCAAAAAGGGGGGACGGUAAUUUUUGACAGUGAGGGCAUGUAAAUAUUUGAACAGGCAGAUUGGAAAUCUCUUUAAAAACCGAAAGGAAACUUACUUGUCUAAGGUGGUUUUUCAUCGAACUUGGAGGAAGCUCAACUAGACAGACUGCUAGAUUCCUUCUCGGUGCUUUGGGAUUCUAUACAUUAAGCUUUCGGCACGAUGUCUUCAGAGUUAGGCACGACAUAGUGUUUUAUUCCAGAAAGAUCUUCCAAAUGAAUGGGAAAUAGUCAAUAAAAUAAGGGACCCUCAGCCCUACCCAUAAACCCUUACUUCUGUGCAUAUGAGAUGAUAGAAUUCUAUUGUGUGUGUGCAGAAAAAUGGAAUCCCAAGUUAUAAAUGCGAUUGAUGGUUUUCUGUUGAGAAGGCGAGGGGCGAGGCAAGAAAGGAGCUGGACAGGGAGCCAAGCUCCCUGGGUUCCAGCUCUGGCUUUGCACCCAGAGAGGAGAUGGUGUUGUACAAAUUAUUUCACCUUUAUGGGUGUUUUCCCUUCUUUAAAAUGAGAGAAAGCAACUAAAUCAGGUCACCUUCAAGCCUCUGUCCAAGGACAAACACCAUAGUUUUCUGAUAAAAAAUUAUGAGUUCCAUGUGGCUUCAUAAUUAUGGACACAUUUGUGGAGAAUAUGUAGCUGAAUUUUUAAAAAACUGAUUAUAUUCCAAAUAGCCUGGUGCCUCUAGUUGAUUAUUCUAGUCUAAGAUAUUUGUUCUCUUUUUGUAUAGAAAAUGCAUUUAUUUACCUUUUUAUUAAUAAUUAAAGCCAUCAACGGU